AUGCUUACUAUGAGGCGCUGGAGUAGCAGUAAAGAAAUCUCCCACACCCCACUGACGGACGCCGUGAAGAUAGCCGUGGGUAAACCCAAGAAAGGACUGAAGCAGCUACGGAAGGCUAUCAAAUCCCACACAGACAUGAACCAACGAGAUGCUGCAGGAUUCACAGCGAUGCUGCAUGCUGCCAGGUUCAAUCUUCCCAGGGUCAUUCUACAGCUGGCUCAAGCGGGAGCCAGCGUCAACUUACGGUCGGAUGAUGGGAACACGCCGUUCCACUACGCCUGCUACAAAGAACACUGGCCUGCCAUGGCCAUGCUGGUCAGACUUGGCGCUGACCCAGACGCUGUGGACUCAAAUGGGCGGACACCCUUGAUCCGAGCCAUAGAAUGUCAGGAUGAAAAACUGGUCUGCAGGCUACUUGAGUUAGGAGCCUCACCCCAAGCCUGUGGAGAGAAUGAGGUCACGCCCCUGUUCGCUGCCCUAUCUCUGACGGGAGCUGUACCCAAGAGCUCUAACACCAGCAUUGUCCGAAGACUCCUAGAUGCCGGAUGUGACGUCAACACAGAGAACAAGAGUGGCAGCAGUCCCCUGACAUUUGUGUGUUUACAUCAUCGACAUAAUGCUGAACUCAUUGAGAUGCUUAUCCAGCGGGGAGCAGCGGUUAAUUUUAAGGACACCUAUGGGAGGACGCCACUGACACACUGUUUGCGCACUGAUAUUGACGAACGCGCCGACAGCUUGACUCUUCUGCUGCGGGCAGGGGCGGAUCCAAAUGUGGUGGAUAGGGAUGGGCAUACGUCUCUCAGUAUUUGGGCCUUGAAUUUAAAUUCUACCUUGACAUAUGGCCAUGGCACCGGCAGGGAUCACCAAAGAACCUUAUCACAACUACUGAUUUGUGGCGCCAAUCCCAAUGUUGUCACAAACGUCACCAGUCCUGAUUACCUCAUGCACACAAUUGUUUGUCUUGGGCGUUACAACGAGGCUCGAGCACUGUUGGCUGCAG